UACUGUGAGAUAGAGAGAUCGGUCUUGCUUACUUCCUCUUUUCUUCGCUAAUCAUCCACCAUGCUUUUACUUCACGCACCCUCUCUCUUUUGGUUUUCUCUGCGCUAAAAAAAACCCACUGAGCAUCCAAACUUACCGUCUCCAAAGGGUGAAAGACCAAAACCCAACAAAAUUUGCAUUUGAACAUCCACUCCUUUAUCGCUAUCCGCCAACAACAAUGGGUUCUCUUAUUCUCCUUCUUCUCGUAAAAUCCCUUAUUUUCUUCAAUCCCAUCUAGGUAAAACAAGAACCCAUCACCCGAAAUUCCCCAGAACAGAGAAUAAUCGAUCUUUUUGAACCAUGUACUUGUCUGAUAAGCCUCGCCCAAUCGAUUUCUACAAAGAAGAAGUAGCGCCCGCUAACAGAGACAAUAUGAUUAUUGAAGUUGUCUCAACUAAUGGAGAUUUGCCUCCUCAUCAGCAUCAUCUACACAAUCCACAUAACCCACCGCCGCAGCAGCAGCAGCAGCAACAACCACAACAACAAAUGAUUCUCGGUGACAGUAGCGGUGAGGACAACCACGAAGUGAAAGCGCCUAAAAAACGAGCUGAGACAUGGGUUCAAGACGAAACCCGUAGCUUAAUUGCUCUUCGGCGAGAAAUGGAUGGCUUAUUUAAUACUUCUAAGUCAAACAAGCACUUGUGGGAACAAAUAUCAGCAAAGAUGAGGGAAAAGGGAUUCGAUCGAUCUCCUACAAUGUGCACGGACAAGUGGAGGAAUUUGUUGAAAGAGUUUAAGAAGGCUAAGCAUCAAGAUAGAGGAAGUGGGUCGGCGAAAAUGUCUUAUUAUAAAGAGAUUGAUGAGAUUUUAAGGGAGAGGUGCAAGAAUGCUCAGUAUAAAAGUCCUACACCUACUUCUAAAGUGGAUUCCUACAUGCAAUUUGCUGAUAAAGGCUUUGACGAUACAAGUAUAUGUUUUGGACCUGUAGAAGUUCCUUGGUGUGCAGCUAGUGGCAGGCCAUCUCUCAACCUUGAAAGACGUCUGGAUCAUGACGGACAUCCUCUUGCCAUCACAGCACCUGAUGCAGUUGCAGCAAGUGGAGUUCCUCCAUGGAAUUGGAGGGAGACUCCUGGAAAUGGUCCUGAGAAUCAGUCAUUUGGUGGGAGAGUGAUAACUGUCAAGUAUUUGGACUAUACAAGAAGGGUAGGUGUUGAUGGCACCACAGAUGCCAUCAAGGAGGCAAUCAAGUCAGCUUUCAGAUUAAGGACCAAACGUGCAUUUUGGUUGGAGGAUGAAGACCAGAUAAUUCGUAGUCUUGACAGAGACAUGCCAGUGGGGAAUUACACACUUCACCUUGAUGAAGGAUUAGCCGUCAAAGUGUGUCUAUAUGAUGAAUCAGACCACAUGCCAGUACAUACGGAGGAAAAAGUUUUCUACACUGAAGAUGACUACCGUGAUUUUUUGACUCGCCGUGGCUGGACAUGCCUAAGGGAGUUUGAUGGGUAUAGAAAUGUUGAUAACAUGGAUGACCUUCGACCCGGUGCUCUCUACCGUGGUGUGACUUGAGAGAAGGCGUGCACUAUAGAUCUGUUUUUAUUGCUUGGAGAUCUUUGAAGUGACCGACUGCUAUGCUAUUUAGGCGUCAUCUUUUCAUAAAUGCCACACCAGUGUGGAACUGUAUCACGUGCAAUUGUGUAUAUAGAAUUCUGUAAUACGUUGAAUUGUAGAAAUGGAUGGAGUUUCUCACUCGAUCAGUGCUUGUAAAUAUGUAUUUCUAUCGACAACAAAGCAAUUCCAGAUUUGGCAUCAGUUUUUCAUUCA